ACGAGCUAACCGAGCACAUAUCAGGCCCGUGCCUGGUGUUGAGAAGCGCCUUUUUGUGCGUGUUCUAGUUUGGAGACGCACGUCUUGCCAGAGCUAGGAUUUGUUCCUGUCAAUGCAACAAGUAGCGAUGGCUCCGUUGUGGCUGAUGGUACUCGCUGUCGGCGGGGCACUAGCAGCGUCCAAACAAGAGAAACCUGUUCAACAUGAGAGGGCUGAGCGACAAGCGGCCCCUAUCGCCUGCAGUGGAUCGUUUACGAACCAGACCUACGGCACGAUCGAGAGUCCGUACUACCCCAACGACUACUACAACGGCGCCAACUGCCUGUGGUACAUCACCGUGUCGAAAGGGGCCAUCGUGCAGCUGGUGCUGCAGGAUUACGUCAUCGAGGACGGCUGGGACUUCCUCUUCAUCUACGAUGGAGGCAGUCUGGCGUCACCUGUGAUCGCCACUAUAACUGGAACAGGACCCCCGACAAUCUACAACAGUACUUCAAAUGUAGUUCUUCUGAAAUUCAAGACAGAUGGCAGCAUUACAGAGAGAGGUUUCCAUUUGGACUUCUACGAGAGGUUCUACCAAGGAGCACCACCAACUCUACCCCCCGAUGACGGCCCCGAUGAUUGUCCCAGCACUAGGAUCUACAGUUCGGAGGGUUACCUCAGCUCCCCGGGCUACGCUGCCGGUUAUCAGAACUACACUAACGACCUGCACUGCGUCUGGGAGAUCAUCAACCCCUUUGGCACCAGCUUCAACAUCUGGUUCAUCGCGUUCGACCUGGAGUGUGAUGCUGACUUCCUGAAUAUCUACGACGAAGGCGUAUUCCACACGUACUCCUGCACUAUGGACGAUAGGUUUGCGUGUAACAUCACAACAACUGGACCUACGAUGACCAUCGAGUUCACUUCGGAUGCCGACACCACCGCCAAGGGCUGGUUCCUCGGAUACGAAAGUUCGAAGUACACCAACCUGCAGGAGACUGCACCACAGCAUACCGGCGACGACCCGUGGCCUGGGAGGGCUUGUCAAAUCGAACCACCACCGGAACCUGACUGCUACACCGGAACUGGCGCUGACUACCGCGGCAGAGUGAACGUGACGGAGAACGGGUACACCUGCCAGCGGUGGGACUCACAGACGCCGCACUUCCACGUCUACAGCCCGGACAGGUUCCCGCAGUACGGGCUGGAGGAGAACUACUGCCGCAACCCCGGCAACGGCUACAAGCCCUGGUGCUACACAACGUCCCCUAGCGUCAGGAUCGAGUACUGCGACGUCAGGGAAUGCUCCGAGUUAACGACACCUGCACCCGUGUUCGAGGCGCCCCCUGCGUGGAAUGACACUGCAGGCAACUUCACAGAGUGCGGAGGACAGCUGUACCUGGAUGCCGGGUCCAUCGCCAGUCCGGGUUACCCCAUCACUGGCUACCCGAAGAACGCCGUGUGUGUGUGGACCAUCAUUGACCCUCACGACUGGGGCUUCAGGAUGAUAUUUGAGGACGCCAGCAUGGAGUGCGGCUAUGACUACGUCACCAUCUACGAUGGAGGCCUCGACGGUCCCCAAAUUGGGAGGUACUGUGAUAGGGAGACCUGUGCGCUCGAAUCCACUCAAUCAACAGUCACUGUCGUCUUCACUUCGGACAGCUCCAUUACAGGGAGAGGUUGGAAGAUAGGGUUUGGAAGUAUGUACAUCGGAACGAUCUACCCCGCGUUCCCGAUCCUGAACUAUCAGCCAUGCACCAGCGUCAUAGACUUCGCGCUGACAAGUCCUGCGCCAGGCACGCCGUCGGGUACUGUUGUUCCUUACGUCGACGUCCUGUUGGUGGACGGUAACGGGUACAACACCGGUCUCGUGGAGGUCUUCUACAACGGCCAAUGGGGGUCGAUCUGCGACGACGGCUUCGACAUGGCGGACGCUGACGUCAUCUGUCGGCAGCUCGGCUUCACCGGUGCCGAGGCUUUCUACGAGGAGGCGUACUUCAACGAGGGACACGGACCGAUCUGGUUGGACGAACUCGCCUGCAACGGAGACGAGUCUAACCUGGCUGAAUGCGCUCACCAAGGAUGGGGCAUCCACAACUGUCAACACAAGGAAGACGUGGGACUGGAAUGUACAGACUUUCAGAUUCGUCUUGCGGACGGAGAUUUCGACCACGGCCGACUGGAGGUGUACCACGCGGGCCAGUGGGGUACCGUGUGCGACGACAACUUCGGGCUGGUGGAGGCUAACGUAGCGUGCCGACAGCUCGGGUUCACCGGCGCCCUGGCCUCCCAGCCCACCGCGCACUACGGACAAGGCACCGGUCCGAUCUGGAUGGACGACGUGAAGUGUGUCGGGAACGAGACGUCUCUUCACCAGUGCGACAUCAGGGAGUGGGGUAGCCACAACUGUGACCACAGCGAGGACAUCGGCAUCAUCUGCGAUGCGCCAAUGACUACAACUGAAAUGGUCACAACGACGCCGCCACCCACCACCUUGUUCCCUCCCAACGGCAUCAUCACAUUUUCAAGUUUCAGCGUGAGGCUGGUCCACGGAGGCCCGAACUACGGGAGGAUCGAGGUUUUCGUGAACGGGACGUGGGGAAGCGUCUGUGACGACUUCUUUGGGCCGAACGAGGCCAGGGUGGUCUGCCAGGAGCUCGGCUUCGUCGACUUCAUCAGCUGGUCAGGAGGGGCGCACUACGGCCAGGGCACCGGGCCGAUCUGGAUGGACGACGUGUCCUGUACCGGCAAAGAGCCGUCUCUCCAGUUCUGUCAGCACCGAGGCUGGGGGGUGGAGAACUGCGGCCAUCAUGAGGACGUUGGCGUCGAGUGCCAGGGGCCUGACCGAACCUUGAUCGCCUGUGACUUUGACGUAAACACGUGUAACUUCACCAGCGACACCAGUGCAGACUUCCUGUGGAGGCGCAGGACGGGGAGAACGCCUUCCUCUGAGACAGGCCCCAGCUUUGACCACACUUCAGGAAACGGGUACUACAUGUACAUCGAGGCGUCUUCGCCACGUCAGAGAGGAGACAUUGCUCGCCUUUGGAGCCCGGUCUUCGAUGCGUACGGGACGCACUGUCUGCAGUUCGCCUACCACGUGUACGGGGACAGCAUCGGAGCACUGCGCGUCCUGGUCGGGAAUGAUCUCGUCUUCAUGAGGAAUACGUCACAAGGAAACAUGUGGCAUGACACCAAAAUCGACGUGACCAUGAACCAAGACCAGAUCAUUUUUGAAGGGGAGGUCGGCAUCGGGUGGAGAGGAGACGUCGCCAUUGAUGACGUGCUCCUGUACAGUGGAUCAUGCCAGUCAAAUGCCGCAACAGAAGCUCCAACAACUCCCGUGCCGGCAACAACCAUUCCAGCCGUCAUCAAUCUGGGCGAUUACGACAUCCGCCUGAUGGACGGCGGCUACAGCUACGGCCGAGUAGAAGUCAAGGUCAAUGGAGAGUGGGGAACGAUCUGCGACGACGGCACCGGCGCGAACGAGGCCCGGGUGAUCUGCCGGGAGCUCGGCUUCCCCGACUACGAAACCUUCCACUGGGGCGCCUUCUACGGCGAGGGGACCGGCAAGAUCUGGCUGAGCGACCUGAAGUGUACCGGGGACGAGUUGACGGUGAGAGGCUGCAACCACGCGGACUGGGGGGUGAACUCCUGCACACACGCACACGAUCUCAGCGUCGUCUGUAAACAAGAAAUCGUAGUCCGUCUUGCCGACGGCACAGACGGCCCCAACUCCGGCAGGGUGGAGGUGAGGUACGACGGUAUCUGGGGGACCAUCUGUGACGACGGGUUCGGCGCUGCUGACGCCAGAGUCAUCUGUCGCCAGCUCGGCUACCCCGACUUCGGCACCUUCCACUACGGCGCCCACUACGGGCCGGGAGACGGGCCCAUCUGGCUCAACAACCUGCAGUGUACCGGCUUCGAGACGAAUGUGGAGCAGUGUACUCAUGACGGAUGGGGAACACAUGGUGGAUGCACACACCCACAUGAUAUAUCUGUGGUCUGUCAAGGCUCAGUCGCCACUCCCGGAGCUAGCGUUGACUGUGACUUCGAGCAAGACCAGUGCGGCUACUACAACUACAAGUUCACGCGCAACCAGGGCCCCACUACCUUCAACCUCACAGGCCCAGACGCAGACCACACGACCGGAUCUGGUUACUACAUGUACACGGAGUCUGCGGAGCUGAGUCCCGGCGACGCCGCCUUCCUUCUGAGCCCCACAGUCGCCCCAGGCUCGCCGGCCAGAACGUGCCUGCAGUUCGCCUACCACAUGUACGGCGCCGACGUGGGAGACCUCAAGGUGUACGUGCAGAACGGCACCAGCGCCUGGUACCAGCCGUUCGAUCGGUCUGGCAACCAGGGCGACGUCUGGUACACGGAAACCAUAGACCUGUACGCGCCUGUGGGCCAGGUGAUGUUCAUCGGCAUCCGUAGUACUACCGCUACUGGUCUCACCGGAGACAUAGCCGUCGACGACAUUAAGCAUUUCUGGGGACCGUGUAACCUAGGAAGGAAGACCUCUGACUAGAAAUGAAUUCCCUACGCAACAAGCCGAGGCGCCAACGUGUCACCCAUACCCUAGCGAACUACUGACGCACUGCAUCCCCAAAACAUAACAUCAUUAACGUAUAAUUUACCAUGGAUUAAUAAUCCCCGCAAGGUCACAACGGUUAUCUAAGUGAACUAGCCCCAACUUAUGAUAAAAUUUAACGACGUUUCCGUGUAAGAGCAAAGAAACGCAUGAAUGAAGACCACUACAGCAAAUCAAUCAAAGUGAAUGAAGUCGACUUGGUUGAACAGUAUUGACGUUGGUGUGACGGUCUAUCACAAAUAAAGCUUGUUGUUGCUGAAGUCAAA